GACAGAUGGUACAACCAGGAAGUAGAAAAGCCUCGCAAAAUGGCCGCAGACUGUUUUGUCAAAUCAAAGAGGAAGUGUUUCUGUGAGAUUAUAAAGUCAUACCUGAAAGUCGAAGGGGUGUGGUGACCGCCAGUGUCUCUGAUGGAAGCCAUGGAGGAGCCAAGAAAGUCGCAGCUGCCUCUUUGACAGCUGCAGGAAGAACAACACAAGCUCCGCUCAUGUCUCCGAAUGUGCUUAGGGCCGUUAAAAAAAUUACCCCCGGGCCGCACUUUGGACACCCCUGCUGUGGGCUGACCAUAUUCUGAAAUCCCAAAAAGAGGACACAUAUAUUCGUGCCAAGGCGGUCAGCACGCCAAGGCCGGGACUAGUGUUGGCGCUAGGAAUUUUCAAAAUGGGGUGCCAUGGACCCCAGCAAGUCAUAAAAAUGGGUUCCCACUUUUUUGGUUAAGGGUGAGCUGGAGUCGAUGUCAGCUGAUUUUGGGCAAGAGGCGGUGUACACCCUGGACUGGCCGCCAGCCAAUCGCAGACUCUGUGUGUUGCCGCCGGUCAUUAAGGAAGCUCUUGCCUGCUGGUUUGUCACCUAUUUACCUCCUGCCAAACAACUAAGGAAGCUUCUCAUCGUUAAAGAAGAAUUACAAGGAGUCCAAGCUUCAAAGAGUAAAAAUAAGAAUCACAACAAAGAUGAAGUCCAGUCAAGGUCCACGUUCGAAGAGGAGGAGCAGAGGGAGAAGGACCAGUUGGCUGACAUUGCUAGAAAGAUGGAAGAAAAAUAUGCGGUCAAGAAAAAGCAGGAUCGCGUUCAAGACUUGAUUGAUAUCGGCUACGGUUAUGAUGAUGAAGACUCCUUCAUCGACAACUCUGAGGCUUAUGAUGAGUUUGUGCCAGCCUCUAUCACCACCAAAUUUGGGGGCUUCUACGUCAACUCCGGCGUGCUUCAUUUCCGCGAAGCUUCUGACACGGACGAGGAGAAAGCCCCUGACACCUCCAAAAAACGUAAACUUAAAGAGAGACAGGACUUCUCAAGCCCGAAGAAGAAACGCUGUAUCAAGGUUUUGGAGAACAAAAAGGAUCCAGGUGCAAAGUCCAGUGUGGCAUCUGAGACGGUGGGAGGCGGCGAGACGAUGCUGAUGGAGAAGAAGAAAAAGAAAAAGGCAGCCAGCACGCUGAGCGUCACCAGCAUGCUAAAAAAGUUCCGGCGUGAAAAGGAGCAGGAAAGACAGAAAAUGGAGAGAGCUCAUCAGCAAAUAGCUGCCCUCCCAGACACCUCGGUGAUGCCUCUGUGCCCGGCGGACGCGGGUGGUGGUGGCAGAGGUGGCGGAGGUGGUGGCUUAGGCUUGACCGAUCCGCUGCUCAGUUUGAUCGGAUCCACCAGCGAGCACGCCUUUCUCCAGGCCGCCAGCACGGUGGACUUUGACAUCGAUCUGGACUGUCUGUUGGAUGUCGGCGAAGAGAUGUCAUCGCCAAAAUCAACGACUCAGUCUUUGGCAGAAGCACAGCCUCCAUCGCAGCCCAACAUGGAUGAUCAAAACCAGCCUGCAUGCUCUUUCGAUGCGCCUCCGAGCAGGAAGAUGAGCCAAACACUGCCUGUACUGUGCGCCCCACUGCCUGAAGGACUCCCGCCCCUCCUGAAGGAAAGCAUCAAGAAACUGAUGUUGGUGGCCAAGACCUCGGAGGGAGAGUCCAAAGUCAAGUUCUUCACCCCAGAAGUUAACGCUGUCCUGCUGGAUAUUGAGUGUCAGUGUCGUGAGCAUGGCGGACAACUGCGCUCCAGAGUGUACACGCACCUGUCGUCCUUCCUGCCCUGCAGCAGAGAGACGCUCCUGAAACGUGUCAAGAAACUUAAACUUGCAGAGGACAUUUCCAAUGUGGAAAAUCCCGUGCAGAAACUGAAGGAUGCUAUCGGGCGAGCCAUGCUUGAGCAGAUUGCUUCUUUCAAUCAACAUUGUCAGGAAUACGAGCAAGUUAAGACUUUAAGGGCAGCUGUGGAGGGCAACGAUGUCAAACUUGGACACGGGAGCAAUGAGGAGAAAGUGGCGAAAAGAGGAGGAGGUCCGAAGAAGUUGUUCAAAUGGAAUGAGGAGAUCAGGGAGGGCCUGUGUAGUGUGCUGAAGGAAAAACUGAAUGUGUUUAGAAGCAAACCUGAAGGCACCCAGCAGCUGGAGGACUACCUCAAGGCCUUUUUAGACAUCAACAUUAAACCUCUUUGGCCUAAAGGCUGGAUGCAGUCCAGGGUGUUGAUGAGAGAAAGCAGGAAGUUGUUGGGCCUGCAGCCUUUAAUCCCAAUGAGGAGGCUGAAAUCAGAGAAGAAGCAGCAGCUGUCAAUCACCGGUGCUCCAUACAUUGGACCGUUCUCAGUUAAAGUGGAACCGCAGGACGCUCAUGAAGUGGCGGAAACUUCAAGUACGUCCUCCGUGACCUUGGUGGAAGCUUCAAACGUGUCCUACGUGAACAUAGAGUCCGAUACCGAAGUGAUCGUCCUGGAUUCAGAUUCUUCAUCGCCGCCGCAGACUGAAGAACGGCAGCUGAGAGUUUCACCGCUGAAUGCACUCACUGACCAGCCGCUGGCUCCCGUGCAGCCCCUGGCGCCCUCACAGGAGCUCAUGGCGGCCGCCGUCACCAAGUUCAAACGUUCCCUGCAGCACUGGAGCAUCAGCGCGGACAACGGCAGCCCGCCGCUACCUCCGCUGCCUCCUCAGUGCAGCCCUGUCAACUUUCCGGAAAGAGGCCUGUGUCAAGUGGUUCUGCCGCAGAUGCUGCAAAACUUCAUGGGGCCUACCAGGAGUGUUCGGCCGGCGACGCAGACGGGCUCGGAUGAUGUCAGUGUCUAACCACUGGCAGGUAAAGGUACAUCGAGAUACAAUAAAAUAUGUCUGAUGAAAUGUAAAAACUUCAAUUAUCUUCAAGGUGUAUGUUAUUUACAUGGGGAUGAAUGCUCAGUAGCUGGAGUCAAAGAAUUGUUACAUCAGAGCGGAAAUAAUAAAUAUAUUGCAAGUUA